AUGCCGCGUACACUUCUCUGCCGCACUCGACACACAAAAGGUGGAUUGUCCGAGUGUAAGACACUUCCGCAGCACAAGAGGUCGAUUUCUGCAACCCGUCGACCAGAACUUGUUGAGCCGCACCUGCCCCCGCAUGGGGUCGGCUUUCAGCCUAGCAUCGGGACCCUCGCGGGGUACCGAGCUCUAGUUUUGGUGGCUCUGGAUGUGCGGUUCGCGGGCCGCGUGUACAUCGGAGUCGUCGCUCGUAGCAAGGCAGUUGCGUCGCGCGGAGCGGAUUGCAUCGAUCGCGAUUACAUCACCACUUGCGUCCUUUCUCUGCGCGCGCAGCACGCCCCGUGCCCCCCUCCGCCGGCCCCCGCUACGUGCCCCUCCUUAGCCGAUCGCCACUACGGCAUCGCUCUUCGCUCAGCA